GCAAGUCUUAAACAAACAAAUAGCACACACAUAGCUUAGCAACCACAAAACAUUCAAACCAUGCAGUGAGCUAAUAUAGACCCCAGUAUAUCUAACGUUAAUAAACGCUAACAAAAAAGGAAAGCAUUGGRUCAUCCAUUUCAUUUCGAAUCUACUGGAGAAAUAUUUUUACCGGAGUUCAAUCAUGAACUCUGAACAGCGUUUGAUUGAAGCGAUUAUGGCUUGCAGGAUAUACCAAACUAGAAUACUAUUGGAGCUUGGGGCGAAGGCAGAGUUUCUAGAUGACUAUGGCUUUAGCCCUUUACUACGAGCCUGUCAAAUAGAAGACCGCAAACGAAGAACAAGAAUGGUACUCAUCAAACUGCUUAUUGAGUACGGUGCCGAUGUGAAUACUAAGGACCCACAAGGCCAUCAUGCACUGGCAUACGCGUGCCUUACUUCCAAGGAGGACAUUGUUAUCCUUCUUCUAAACACUUCACUUCAUGACAUYAACUUGAACCAAAGAGACAAGAAUGGUAGCACACCCUUAUUCCAUGCUAUUAGGAGCGGUAAUUUAAAGAUUGUAAAACUACUUAUUUCGUCUAUGAAUAAAUUCGACAUAAACAUGCAUUUUAGAAACAACGCAGACAGGACGCCAUACCUCGAAGCCGUAAUGUUAGGCAGGACUGAGUGCGCGAGGAUUUUGCUAGAGGAGGGCCACGCAUCAAGUGGAGCACAAGUUAACCCUUUUCUUGACUAUUCAACUACAGAAAAGACAUAUGAGUGUGAUACCCUUUGGAAGAAGAUUGAAGAUGAUCAACAACGUGGUAAGAACGAAUUUGUCUGUCAAACGGCAUCUGCAAAACGACGGGCUCAGCGUUCGACAUCUUAUCAACGUAAUAGAGGCCUAUUGAAGAGAAAUCAAAAUCCAAUCAAAAAAUGCAGGGAAAAAAUAGUGCCCAAUGAUGUUGAAUCAAAGAGAUCACUUGAUCCAAAAAUAAUUCCAAAGAUUGACUGUCGCUUCACUAAUGAUCAAAACACGCUGAUGAACCGAAAAUACGUUCAUACAAUUGAAAUGGAAAGAAUAACAAACGCAGACAGUCAGUGUACUUUGAGUGCAUUCCUGACCGAUAAUGCGACGCAUUUUAUACCAAGACAUCGUAGAGCAAAAACAGCACCAGCGAAAAGCAGGCGGGCGGUCACAGACGAMGACAUCACACCAUCUAUGAACCAUUUCAAUAUUAUUAUGACUUUGUAUGGCGAACAGCGUUCACCAGAUUCAUCCUAUAGAAAAAGUGUGAAGCCAAGAAUGAUAUCCGACAGUACACCAGAUGGACUCGAACAUGAACACGAUAAGCCUUCGGACGGUCGUCGUUCUUCAAGCGGUAGCGUUCGCUCCUUGCCGGGCACUGGUCGAACAAAAUUUUCAGCACUUCUAAACCGAGUCGCAGCCUCGUCUAUUUCAAGCAAAAAAAUACCAGGCAAUAAACCCAGGAUUUGAUGCAUAAUUUAUUUGACUUUCAAACUUCUAAAAACAGAAGAAGAAACASUAAGGUUUUAUUCUGAUGUUGUUUUACCAAUUAAAAUAUUUAAAAAUGCAAUUUGGAAGCGUAGAACAAUAACUGUGCCUCGUUAGCGCAGUAGGCAGCGCGUCAGUCUCAUAAUCUGAAGGUCGUGAGUUCGAUCCUCACACGGGGCACCUUUUUUUUCGCGUUUUAUUCUCCUUUUACAUCUUUUUUAUUAUCAUAUAUUUUUAAGAUUUAAGCACAUUUAACCAAAUUGACUUUUUUGACUUUUUUUUCAAAGAUACCUUUAUCUAAGAACCGCGCUACGGUCCGCUACGGUGCUGUAAUACAAUACAAUAACACUUAUGUAAGAACAAGUGGGUACAGUAAAUAAAGCUUCAAGAUUUUAGUUUAAAAAAGUUUUUGAUUUCUUUAUG